CCCCACCUCGCCAUGACCUCCUCUCAGGAGGUUGUAGAGAGUGAUGAGCUCUCCCCUGAGUCUCCUCCAGACAGAACAAUCCCAGUUCUCCCAGCCACUCCCCAUCAGACUUCUGCUCUAGACUCUUCAUAGCUUCAUUGCCCUUCUCAGGACAUGCUCCAGGGCCCCAGUGUCUUUCUUGUAGUGAGGGGCCUUCUUGUAGAAGGCUGUCAGCACAGAAAGUUAUGGCUGGGAGGCUCUGAGUGUUCAGUGCUUCUUGGUAGAGCCAUCUCCUGAUGCAUUCUUGAUUUGCAGCAAUGCCAGUGAAAGUUCUCCUAAUCAGACAAUAAAACACAGGUUGCUGUGUUUUAGCAAUGUAGUUUGGAGGAGAAAGCACUGAACUGCCUAGGGGAGGCCUGUUUGCCUGUAAGAUGGAGGGUGGAGGGAAACGGUUUUACUUUCAAGUCAGUAGCAGCCACUGCUGGGUAGGCAGUCACUGCAUACUCACUGUGAACACCCUCCUUGGGCAAAUGCCCAGUGGGAAUUUACAUUAAAUAAGCUUGGGAUAAAUGUCUGUCUGAUGUUUGGUUGCUUGGUCUCUGUAUGGUAUAUCCUUACAAGGGUUGCAGAAGGCAAAUCUCCUCAACAGGAGUGGACGUGUGAUACUUGCUGCAGGCACCAAGUUAUUUCCACUGCAGAUCAGAUACAGAAGUUUUGUCUCCAGAUACAGUCCUGGUAGAGAAGAGAGGGGUAACCAGGAUAACAAUCCUCAAAACCAGAAGCAACUGCUGUAGCAUGGGAGUGAGCCUGUGGGGCUCGAGGAAGAAGUCAUGGGCUGUAAGCAGCAGGAGGGUAGGCCUGGGCUGGGCAUCUGGGUGAGUGGCCAAUGGCUGGAGUGGUAAAGUACCACAACAGACCAUUUGUGGAGACUGAGGACUUGGUAUCGUGGAUGGUUUUUAAGGCAAAUAUUUGCAGGGGAUGGACUUAUCCUUGCUGGCCUUGCUUGGAAGGAGGAGGUGAGCAGGCCUCUCAGGCACUUCCUCAGGCCCUGCCUCUCUGCAUGUCCUGAGACAGUUCCCUUGCUGGGGGGAACCGGUAGGGCAGGCAGAGGGAACAUCUUUUCUUUGUCUAAUGGCAUGUCCCUGGUUUUUUCUUUUCUAGGAAAAACAGGGAAGAAAGAAGUGCAAAGGACAGAUUAAAAAAAGAUGUUGGUGCUGUCUAAUGACACAGCCCUGAGCUCUCUCCUCUCCAAGCUGCUUCAAGACCACCUGGAGCAGACAAAUAGCACUGCUCCCUCUCCAGUUGGAAGUGCUGGAGGCGGCCUGGAAAUCAUUUACGUGCUGAUGAUGGUCGGUCUCUUUGGCUUCUUCACAGUGGGAGUCAUGGUGACCAACAUCCGUGCUAGGAGGCUGGAGGACUCCCACAACCCCUACAACACGUACAUUGCAACAGACAUUUGGCACAAGAAGGACCAGGAGUAUUUUCAAGCCAAGCUUAUAGAAAAUUACAAACUGUGCUGUGUCUUUGAAAACCAGCUGGCUGUAGAGCAGCCGAGCAUUCACAUUCCCGAGGAGAAGUCCUCCUAGCCAAAUGGGAGAAAGGACUGAACUUUGCAUAGGGACAACCCAAGCGAUACCUGCUAUGAACCGGGCUAGCUGCUUUCCCACCUGCCCAGCCCCCCGGUGCUGGCCUAGGACACACUGAAUUACAGAGAUGACAGUGAAGCUGAUGGGUUUGUGAUGGCUCUGGUGCUGCAAAGUUGCCUGACCACAUUGUUUCAGUCACUGUAAGGUCAGGGAAGGGGACACACCAAUGGGAGUAUCAUGGACUCAUCAGCUUCACUUGGUGAGAAAUGCAAAUGUUGGUAUUGCCAGCAUGAAUUCUUGCAGUAGUCAGUGUACUUCAAAACAAACUGGAUCAAGCAUAAGCUAGAGGUGUUAACAGCCAAGUAUUGUUUAGGCAAUCGUUUUCAAGUAAGAGCAUUGUCUUCCAAGAAAAUGUAGCAGAAAGAUUUCCUUUGUAUUUUUGAAUAAUCAUUAUAUAAACUGUACAGUGUUAUGGAUGACUAGUUUCUCUGAGAAUCAUGUACCUUUUUGAGAUAAAACUGUAAGAAAAGAUUUGCUUUUUUUGCUGAAAACCAUUUCUAUGGAAAAAUGUAGACUUCAGAAGGAAUUUUUUUAGCAACUGUCCUUAAUUCACAUUGUGUACCCCAGAGAAGACUUGCAGAGUACUUAUAUUUUUCCUUCUUGUGCAUCCAGGUUGAUCUCUGAAGCAAUAUCCACUGUUGUACAAGGACUGAGUAACAUACAGGGUUGUGAGUCUCAAUCACAUUUAAUUACUGCAGAAGACCUAGGUCCUACCCUUUGGUUGCAAAUUGAAUUUCCACACUGUGAAAAACGGUUUCCCAAAAUCUUUGUUAUUUAGUCACUGGUGUACCUUAUGUGUGUGCCUAACAUGUAGCCCAUGAGCCGUUUCUCUAGCUCCCCAGAGCAGCCCCCUUAGCACAGCCGUUUAUUUCUCGCACUAUCCAGUGUGAGGUCCAUGUCAGCAAGGUGUUCCUGCCUGUGGCCUCCAUACACCUGCCUUUCAUGGACUGUGUCCACUGAGCUGCAGGGAGAAAGAAGCAGCUGAACUCAGCUGCUAUGGCAUCAAGUAUCGGCUGCCUCUGCUAACAGGCAGAAAUAUGGCUCUUCUGAACACUGCAUUGCUUAAAAUAGCAACAUAGCCAGGUCAAAACCUGUUUUCUUAUAUGGGAUCAAAGAAGCAAUGGUGUGGGCAGGAAGGGACUUUUUAUUUCUGCUCUGCAGAUAUACAUCUCAUUUUUAGCUACUAGAGAGUGGGAAGAAGUGGGAAGGGCCUGAAAAAAAGUCAUGCAGAGCAGUUGCUUCAAAGGCAAGGCAAGGGCAGAGUGGGGGCAGAUCACUGCCCAAGUAUUUGGAUAGGCAAGGGAUGCAAAGCACUGCACUUCCAUUAAAGUAGUAUUCCAGCCAUGUUUGUCUUCCCACAAUACUUAAACUUAGGACAAUUGAAAGCAUGGUGUAUUUUUAAAAGUUUUUUAAAAGAUAUUUAUGUGGUGCCUACCUUUAAGCUGAGGCCACAAGCCCAUUUUUUAAGUGUCUGGAACAGCUUCGAAUAUAUCUAUCAGCUUAAAUAUCUUUAUCUCCUCUAGAGGAAGGCAGACCAAGCCAGGCUUUGGAUAAGUGUUGACUUCUUGGCUUGCGCACUGCUCUUUUGGGUUCUCACCAUGCAGCCUGUAUAUUGCUUGUAAUUCCUUCCCUCUGUGAGUGCGCAAAUGCUCUUGCUUGUUGGCUAUCUAGGUGUAGGCCCAUGAAGCAUUGCUGAAAAUGUUUAAACUUGCAUUAAAAAUGGCCUUCAUUACAUUAAAGCCUUUGAACAUUAAGCAUUUCAAAAGGUCUGCCUCCUGCAGCUCCCAUUCCACCCCAGGUGCUUUCAGGUAUUUUGGGCUGAGGCACUUGCUGGUCACCUUAUUUUAACAGGCCCAGUGUAGCUAUUUGUGAUAAGGUCAUUGUCUGCAUUACUUAGCUUCCUUUUUUUCUUUUUUUUUUCUUAUUUUUUUUUUUAUCUCUACCAUUUUAUUUAUUUCAAUAACUGAGGAACCACUGUGCCUUAGUCAUAAUGUUUUUCUCUGUAACCAGGCUACAAAGCACCUUUCUAUGUCACUUGUAGACUCCCACAAUGGACCUUCACAUUACCUUUCAGUCUUUCUAGUUCUCCUUCUUCCCAUACAUUUUUCACUUGUGAAAAACAUUAAAAUAUUAAUCACAAAUGUU